AUGCCCGUAACAAUCCAUUGUUUAGCCGACGUUUGCCUAAUUCCAAUUGGAACAGGCUCUGCAUCAGUUUCCGAUGAAGUCACUGCAAUCACCAAACUUGCUCAAGAUUCUCCUCUUGAAACAACAUUACAUUCAGCAGGAACCACGAUUGAAGGUCCAUGGAAUGAAGUAAUGGACUUGAUUGGACAAUUCCACCAGCAUUUGCAUGAUAAGCAUGGUGUUGUGAGAAUUCAAAGUGAUAUUAGAGUUGGUACCAGAACUGAUAAGAAGCAAUGUCCUCAGGACAAAAUUGAUGUUGUCCAGCAAAAGUUGAAGAAUUUGUAG